UGCCAAAGUUUUUUCAAAGAAAUAGAGAAAGUAGUGUCUUCGUUCGGCUGUCGCAAAACACUUGAAGGAGCAAAAACCGCAGAAGCAGCCAUGGCUGAAGCAGAAGACAAGGAUACCAGCUCGCCUGAGCGCGAAAACCAAACCAAAAUUAACAAGAAGAAGCUUCGCAAGAGAAAAAGACCAAAUAAAAGCGAGAAUAAACAAGAGGAGAAAAACGAUGCGAAGAUUGAUAGCACGCUGACACAAACAGAAGAUGCAGAAGAGGAAGAAGAAAAAGAAGAGACAAAGGUGAACACUAACGAUUCAUGUGGAAUCAUGAGUUCCGAGUUUUUCUCCUCUCUUACCUUGUCCGAAGCUACUUCCAAAGCCAUUGCGGACAUGGGCUUCGACCGUAUGACUCAGAUUCAAGCGCGGGCGAUUCCGUCGCUACUGAUCGGAAAGGACGUGCUGGGUGCGGCGAGAACGGGUGCUGGGAAAACCCUAGCGUUUUUGGUUCCGGCGGUGGAGUUGCUGUACAAUGCUCAGUUCACUCUGCUCAAUGGAACGGGUGUUGUUGUCAUAUGUCCGACGAGAGAGCUCGCGAUUCAGACGCACGCCGUGGCGAAGGAACUGCUGAAGUACCAUUCGCAAACGCUCGGGUUGGUGAUUGGGGGUGCGGGGCGAAAGGGAGAGGCUGAGCGCAUUGUGAAAGGGGUAAACCUAUUGGUGGCGACGCCGGGUAGGCUCCUCGAUCAUCUUCAAAACACGAGGGGGUUCAUAUAUAAAAACUUGAAGUGCCUAAUGGUGGAUGAAGCUGACAGGAUAUUGGAAGCAAACUUUGAGGAGGAGAUGAAGCAGAUAAUUAACAUACUUCCAAAGAAAAGGCAAACAGCUUUGUUUUCAGCCACACAGACAAAGAAGGUUGAGGAUCUUGCCCGCUUAUCUUUUCAGACAACUCCUAUCUUUAUUGAUGUAGAUGAUGGGAGAAAAAAGGUCACAAAUGAAGGAUUGCAACAGGGUUAUGUUGUUGUUCCCUGUGCUAAGCGUUUUGUUGUUCUCUACUCAUUCUUGAGGAGAUAUCAAUCAAAAAAAGUGAUGGUUUUUUUCUCUUCGUGCAACUCUGUCAAAUUCCACGCAGAUCUUCUCAAGUGCGCUGGGUUGGACUGCUUAAAUAUUCAUGGAAAACAAAAACAACAUGCCCGUACUACUACGUUCUUCAACUUCUGCAAAGCUGAAAAGGGGAUCUUGCUCUGUACUGAUGUUGCUGCUCGUGGACUUGACAUUCCUGAUGUGGACUGGAUUGUGCAGUAUGAUCCACCUGAUGAACCAAAGGAAUAUAUCCAUAGGGUUGGUAGAACAGCUCGUGGGGAAGGUGCAAAGGGAAAUGCUUUACUUUUUCUGAUUCCUGAAGAAUUGAAAUUUCUUCACUAUUUGAAGGCAGCGAAGGUUCCUGUGAAAGAGUAUGCAUUUGAUCAUAAGAAGCUGGCAAAUGUACAAUCUCAUCUGGAGAAGUUGGUAGCUGGCAUUUAUCAUUUGAACAAUAUGGCUAAAGAGGCAUAUCGGUCAUAUAUAUUAGCAUAUAAUGCACAUUCUAUGAAAGAUAUAUUCAAUGUUCACCGCCUAGAUUUACUGGCUGUUGCUACUUCAUUUUGUUUUUCAAACCCACCGAAGGUGAAUCUGAACAUAGAUAGCAGUGCUUCAAAGCAUAGGAAGAAAGUACGCAAACUGGAAGGAAAGAGAUGAUGUAAGGUUAUUUGUGGAGCAUUUGCACUGGGCUAGGCAGUUUUUGAUCCUCACAUUCUCCCUCCCAAUACCGUCCUAAAAAUUUUUGUUAGGAACCCCUAUUUUAUUUGAAGAAGAUGGAUUUUGUAACUUAAAACAAUGUAUUAGAGGCAUCAGAAUAUUAAAGUAAAAUGAAUGUUAUAUGUUCGCAUUUUUGAA